UCCGCCGGCUCCGCCGCCGCCGCGCUGCCAUGGGGGUGCCGCGGGGGGCUCUCCCCGCGCUCUAGGGGGGUCUGCCGGGCCCCCCGGCACAUCAUGCCAUUGCUGGACUUCUUCUGGGCUUGCUUCAAAAGAGCCAAGAAAUUCACCUUGUUAGAAGAUAAAAAAGAUGCAGAAGCUGAAGCCAAGGAAGCGUGUGACUGGCUGCGGGCAGCGGGGUUCCCCCAGUAUGCCCAGCUGUACGAAGAGUCAUUAUUCCCUCUUGACAUCAGUGCUGUGAAGAAGGACCACAGUUUCCUGGACCAGGAUUCCCUCAAAUCCCUGUGCAGGAGGCUGAUGACCCUGAACACCUGUGCCUCCAUGAAGCUGGAUGUUCACUUUCAGCGUAAACAGAAUGAAGACUCUGAGGAGGAAGUCGACUUUGCCAUCAGCACCCGGUGGUCCUACCAGAGGGACAGCAAAAGGUGGUCACGGGUGGGGUCCGCCGAUGCCGUGUCCCAGGGCUCGGGGGCCCUGAGCUGCACCAUGCACCCGGUGUCCAGUCGCGAGAGCAUCCUCACAGACCUCAGCACCAACCCCGAGGCCACGUCCCUGCACAGCACGGGCAGUGUGGGCAGUGUGGGUGGCAUGCUAGGCACUGCAGCCGUGCCAUCCCAGCCCCUGUCCCCGCUCCGUGCCACUGCCACCACCUCCAGCUGCAGCCAGAGUGAGGGUUCUGCCCCGGAGCAGCCCUCGGGCCAGGGAGAGACCUCCAAAGAGAAGCUGAAGAAACGACGGUCUCGAAGCUUCCUGAAGCGGAUCGAGUCCCUGCGGAGGAAGGACAAGGAGAAAGCCAGCCCAGACGGGAGGGUGGCCCCGCACAGCAGCGCCACUCUCCCGCCAGGAUGGGGUUCUCUGACGGGUGAUGGGGACCUUGCAGCCACCAGGACCAACUCCUCUAAAAGAGGGACCCCUGCCCCUUUCCACGGCAAAAAACACUUCUUCUCGGUAUCAUACAGGACUAACCGCCUGCUCGGCCCCGGGGGCACCAAGGGCAGCUCUGACCCCAAACGCGGUGGAAUUUAUUUGGAGGAUUAUGACACAGACACAGCCCCUGCCCCCAGCGGUGCCUGGGCUGCUGCCGAGUGCCAGCGCCGGGCUCGCCAUGGCGAUUGCCUGGAAAGCUGCGUUGGCACAGCUUCCAGAACUCACACCGGCCCAGCCUGAACUCGGCCUCGCUGGAGAUCAACCGGCAGUCCUCAGCCCAGCUCAACCUGCUCCAGAAGUGCUCCCUGCUCCGGCUCACGGCCAUCAUGGAGAAGUACUCCGUGCCCCACAAGCAGGCCUGGACGUGGACUGUCCCCAAGUUCAUGAAGCGCAGUAAAGUCCCUGACUACAGGGACAAGAUGGUUUUUGGGGUGCCACCCAUCGUCAACGUGCAGCGGACGGGGCAGCCCCUGCCCCAGAGCAUCCAGCAGGCCAUGCGCUACCUGCGCAGCCAGUGCCUGGACCAGGUUGGCAUUUUCCGCAAGUCCGGGGUGAAGUCCCGGAUCCAGGCGCUCCGGCACAUGAACGAGACCAGCCCCGAGCAUGUGGACUACUCGGGGCAGUCGGCGUACGACGUGGCCGACCUGCUGAAGCAAUACUUCCGCGACCUGCCCGAGCCCAUCUUCACCAGCAAGCUCACCGACACCUUCCUGCAGAUCUACCAGUUUGUGUCCAAGGAGCAGCGGCUGCAGGCGGUGCAGGCCGCCAUCAUCCUCAUGCCAGACGAGAACAGGGAGGUGCUGCAGACCCUGCUCUACUUCCUGAGUGACAUUGCCUCAGCUGAGGAGAACCAGAUGACAGCUGGGAACCUGGCUGUGUGCCUGGCCCCCUCCAUCUUCCACCUCAACGUGUCCAAGAAGGAAAGCACAUCACCCAGGGCCAUACACAAGAGGGGCACCAUGGGGAAGCCGGACCAGAAGGACCUCAAUGAGAACAUGGCUGCCACGCAGGGGCUCUCCCACAUGAUCGUUGACUGCAAAAAGCUCUUCCAGGUCUCCCAUGACAUCUUGCUGCAGCUGAGCAGCUCCUAUAUGGCUGCAGAUGCUUAUCCCCAUCCCCUGGCUGACUUGGUGUGCCAGGGAGAGAGCAAGGAUUUACACUCCUACUUUGAGCAGAGUGUCCAGAACCUGCUCAAAGAGUCAACAGAGAAGUUCAAGGGAUGGCUGAGCACACCGGGGCCCCUGAACACGGAGCUGUCCUGCAAAAAGGUUGGGGACGGGAACCCUCUGCGCCUGUGGAAGGUCUGCACGGAUGUCGAGGCCCCUCCUGCCACGGUGCUGCACCGGGUGCUGCGGGAGCGUCACCUGUGGGACGAGGACCUGCUGCAGAGCAGGGUGGUGGAGGCUCUGGACAAGGACAUGGAGGUGUACCACUACGUGACAGACAGCAUGGCCCCGCACCCGCGCAGGGACUGCAUGGUGCUCCGGCGCUGGCGCACGGACCUGCCGCGGGGAGCCUGCCUGCUCAGCUCCCUCUCGGUGGAGCAUGACAAGGUGCCGGUGGAGGGAGGCGUCAAGGCCAUCGUGCUGACGUCCCAGUACCUCAUCGAGCCCGGCGCCAUGGGCCGCUCCCGGGUCACCCACAUCUGCAGGGCUGACCUCAGGGGUCGGUCUCCCGAGUGGUAUAACAAGGUCUUUGGCCACCUCUGUGCCAUGGAGCUGGUGAGGAUCCGAGACUCCUUCCCAGCCCUGAGUCCCGUCGGCCCCGAGACAAAGAUCUGAGGCAGCAGGAAGAUGCUCUGUCCUUUCAGACGUGGACUUGCCAUUGGAUCCAGACUGGGGCUCUCAGCAGGAAGCACGGUGUGGUGCAGUGCCCGUGGAGGGAGACAGAGGCACAUAUUUAUAAACAUCCUUUCACCCCAGGCUGGGCAGUCCCGUGCCACAGCCCAGGUGCUGCGGGACAGGGUGGCCACAGAGGGGAAGCCGUGGUGUCCCACAGGAAAAGUGGGGGAGCAGAGGGAAAGAGUGGCCAUGGGGGGACCCCUGAAUGCAGCCUGUGGCAGGAGCUGGGGCCCCCACACAAGCCAGGAGCAGCAGUAGGGCUGAAGGAGCGUGGAGUGAGGCAGGAGGAGCGAGCAGGGAAAGCGGGGCCGUGUCCGCAGGUCGCAGUGCAGGGGUGGGAAGUGAGGGUGGGCAGUGAGGGGGGACUGUGUGUGUGGUGUCACCCGGUGGGGACAGCCAGGGAGUCACUGUGUGGUACUGGAAGAGGCUGCUGUUCUGGGAGGAGGGGGCUGCCUAUAGAUACAUAGGUGCCAGCCCCUGUGGAGGGGCAGAUGGAACCUGUUGAAUGCGUGGAAGAAGCAGCUCUGUACUCCUGUGCCUUGCUCUUCCUUGGCUAAAAGCCCUCUCUGUGCACUGGGUGUCACUGAGAGGAGGGGUGCAUGGACCAUGUUCCAAGCCAAGGCCAUCCUCAACCAGCCAACCCGUUAUUUGCAUGGGGCAGGACACUCUGGAGCCCUGGAGCAGCUGUGCCUGGGUGGGAAGCGGCAAUGCCUUGGUGGGGAGAUACUCCCCAGACCAGCUCCCCCUUUGUGCUGCCCUCAGUGUUGAGGCCUGUACCCAGAGAGGGAGGAGGGAAGGCAGGAAGGGCAGUUGUUUGGGAUUCACCCCUCUUUGGGCAGCUACACAUGGCCCAUGCCCACCUACUCCCUGCACAGACAUCCAUUCCCCUUUCCACUCCUUCCUUCCCUUCAUGAAGGAACUGUUCACUGGAGCUGUCAGCACCCAGGACAUGACCUGGUUUCUCCAUUCAGGCAGGGACCCAAAUUCCCAGACGUCGUUCCAGCUGGAAGGCAACACGACCCAUGAGCUGGGGACCCCCAGUGUCAGUUUGGCCAUAGCUGUCUGUCUUUUGGUAAAAAGAAAAGCACAAGUCAGCCUCUAGUCUGUGUUUUUAUAUAUAUGUAUUUUAUAUAUAUAAAUAUAAAAGUGUAGCUAACAUGUGCGGGAGUGAAUUUUAUCCUGAUAUUUUUUUAAAGUGUUUCUUUUUUUUAAUCUAUAAAUACUUGUACAGGUGGAAUAUUAAUAUAUAACUCUGGUGUCAGAGCUCAGCAUCAGGUGAUGCUCACUUACAGCUGGUAUUUUGUAUUUAAGGGACUUCUGUUUUGUAUCAUAUGAAAGUGCAGCAGUUGUUUGACUUGGAUUGGGGCUGCUCUUCCCAUCCAUGCAGUUAAUAAAGUACUAACAAGGUC